UGCAGAAUCGUACCAUAGACGUAACCUUCUUUACAUGUUGCAUGGUUUUCAAAGAGACACCAUUUGCUCACAGGAAGGGUGCUCAGAAUAUGAAUCAAUGCAGAGAGCAGAAAGUCGCACUUGGCAGUCGCGCUAUAGCAGUCUAGGCCAAGGAUUAGUCUCGGCUGAGGAGUGUAUUAUACGAGACAGACUGUUUGUUGAUUGGUUCGCGGCCUUGCAAGGGCUUAGGGCGGUAUUACUGCCUGACUGGGUCUAUAGGCUGUUCGUUCAGCCCAUGCUAUGUAUCGAGGGCGAGGUGAAAUAUGGCGGAGCAUAUUCCCAAAACGAGAAAGCCGAACUUCACCGAGUCCGAGACUCUAAUGAUUGUAGAACAGGUGAAGAAGCACAAGGACAUCCUCACCAGCAAACUCUCCGACGCUGUGACGAACGAACGUAAGAAGGAUAUAUGGAACCGUAUUAGUGACUACAUCAACAACAGGACUCGCAAUGUGCAUCGGACGUCGGGGGACAUUCGCCGGAGGUGGAAGAACAUGGUGGGUGCUGCCAGAAAGGAGGUGGCCAGAAUCAAGAGUAUGCCGUCUGGGUCAGCGUCUAUACCAGAACCCUCGGAUCUCAGCUUGCAGAUUCUGGACAUUAACCCUGAGUGGCAGGAUGUGUCGACUUACAAUAUGAACGGGCCAGACCCCUGUCUCUCGUCAUUCAUGAAGGUUGAGGCUUGUAACGAUGACGAGGAGGAGGACGAUAUGUCCUAUAUAUCCACAUCCCCUGGGACCCAGUCCGACCCCAGUCGUGCUCUCGGUGGGAGACAAGGGGAUAACGUCAUAUCACCACGUCACACAAACUUCUCGCCGUCGACGUCAUAUACUAUGGACAACAACCAAUCAAAUCCAAAGAAGAGACGUCUCGAGGAAGCCAGCCAUCUGCAUCAAGAAAUAAUGCACCUCGACCGCGAGAAUCUCACGCUCGAGAAAGAAAAACUGAAAAUAGAAAAGGAGAAACUUUCAAUGGAGAAAGAGCAACUGGCAAUAGAACGACAGAAGUUGGGAAUGGAACGAGAGAAAUUAGCCAUGGAGAAAGAAAAAAUGAACAUGGAGAAGGAGAAACUAGCCUUAGAAAUCAGUUACUGGAAGAGGAAAUUGCUGCAGAUUUCAAGGAACCCUUUUGACAGUAAUGAACGUACGGACAAUGGCGUGGAUUGAUAUCACAACACGAUGUGCUACCUGUUAAAUACUCAUAUACAGACUUGGAUCAUAGCAGUAUUAGAUGUUGGAUAUAUGUCUCACCUGGUCAAGAUGCGACGGACCUAUCAUGUGUGUUGGUGUAGGCUGAGGUCAUACUGUAUAUAUAUAGACAUGCUACCACGAGGUACGAUAUACAGGAUAUAUACUGCAUGUUGACAUGGUUAUAUCAGUGUAUGAUAUACAGGAUAUACACUGCAUGUUGACAUGGUUAUAUCAGUGUAUGAUAUACAGGAUAAAUACUGUAUGUUGACAUGAUUCUAUCAGUGUAUGAUAUACAGGAUAUACACUGCAUGUUGACAUGGUUAUAUCCGUGUAUGAUAUACAGGAUAUACACUGCAUGUUGACAUGGUUCUAUUAGUGCAUGAUAUACAGGAUAUAUACUGUUUGUUGACAUGGUUAUAUCAGUGUAUGAUAUACAGGAUAUAUACUGUAUGUUGACAUGGUUCUAUCAGUGUAUGAUAUACAGGAUAUACACUGCAUGUUGACAUGGUUCUACCAGUGAAUGAUAUACAGGAUAUAUACUGUAUGUUGACAUGGUUCUAUCAGUGUAUGAUAUACAGGAUAUAUACUGCAUGUUGACAUGGUUAUAUCAGUGUAUGAUAUACGGGAUAUAUACUGUAUGUUGACAUGGUUCUAUCAGUGUAUGAUAUACAGGAUAUAUACUGUAUGUUGACAUGGUUAUAUCAGUGUAUCAUAUACAGGAUAUAUACUGUAUGCAGACAUGGUUCCAUCAGUGUAUAAUAUAC